GCUGCUCUCAGCCAAUCAGAGAACAGGGGUCUGACUUGGUUAGGUCACAUGUCAUGUUGCUGCUGCUUCCCUGUCCAGGUGUAUGAAGAGCUGGAGAGUCAGAGGCUAAAGUACUAUUUACAGAAGAGAAAUGUUGCUGAAUCCAGUCAUUUCAAAGCUGGCAGGGAAGAGGGUAGUACUGGCCAGUGCAUCCCCACGGAGACAAGAUAUACUUUCCAACGUGGGUCUUCGCUUUGAAGUGGUUCCAUCAUGGUUCAAAGAAACUCUUGAUAAGUCUUUGUUUGCUGCGCCACAAGAAUAUGCUGUUGAAACCGCCAAGCAAAAGGCAUUGGAAGUUGCAAGGAGAAUGCACAUGAAGCAUCUAAAAACCCCAGAUAUUGUCAUCGGAGCAGAUACUAUUGUGACACUAGAAGAUGUGAUCCUUGAAAAGCCUCUUGACAAACAAGACGCGUAUAAUAUGUUAUCAAGGUUGAGUGGCAAAGAACACAGCGUCUUCACAGGUGUAGCCAUUGUUCACUGCAAAACUGAAGAAAAUAACCAGCUGGACACCGAUAUUAUUGAUUUUUAUGAAGAAACCAAAGUCAAAUUUGCUGACUUGUCAGAAGAUCUUCUGUGGGAGUACAUUGACAGUGGAGAGCCAAUGGAUAAAGCAGGUGGCUAUGGAAUUCAGUCUCUUGGGGGAAUGUUAGUAGAAAGUGUACAUGGAGACUUUUUGAAUGUGGUUGGUUUUCCCCUGAACCACUUCUGCAAAAAGCUUGCAGAGAUUUACUAUCAACCCUCCAAACAAUCCAUACAUAGAGUAAAGCAUGACUCCAUUCCAUAUGUAGAGAGCUUUGAGAACCUCAGUGACGUGGAGAAAGACUGCUCUUCUACCAGUAAGAACACUGACAUAAAGAAUGCAAGGAAGGAUUGCAGCAGUAACACUUGUAGUUCUGGGCCCUCUUUACAACGUACAUCAGCUAUUCUAAAUGGAGUUGAAGAAAAGCCCAAAACUGCUGUUCAGCUCCCCUCAAAAAUUAUUGAACUUCUGGAUGGCUUUAAAGCAUCAAAGACAUUGUUUGCAGCAUCUAAACUGAAGGUCUUUGAUAAGUUGAAAGAUAAAGGUGCGCUGAAGGCCAUGGAUAUUGCGGAUAAGAUUAAUGCUUCUGUACAUGGAACUGAAAGGCUUCUUGAUGCUUGUGUCGCCCUUGGCCUGCUAGAGAAAACUCAUCAAGCAUAUAGUAAUACAGAGUUGGCCAAUACCUUCCUGGUAUCUGAUGCGGAAUUUUCAGUUCAUAGUUAUAUCAUUUACUCUAAUGAUAAUUUGUGGCCCCAUUAUAACCACCUGGAGUCUGCAGUAGUAAAGGGAAUAAACUAUCACCAUAAAGACCAUGGACACACAGCUGAACAUGUGCAUGGACCUGAAUUCCAGGAACAUUUUAUGAGGGCCAUGCACUGCAUGCUUAAAAUAACAGCAAGAGAUAUAGCAACAGCUUUUGACCUUUCCAAGUACAGUACUGCAUGUGAUUUAGGAGGUUGCACUGGUGCCCUUGCUCAUGAACUGACUUGGACGUACCCAGAGAUGAAAGUCAAAGUUUUCGACCUUCCUGAUGUUAUUAAAAAUGUUACUCAAUUCCAGCCUGAAAAAUCGGACUCCAGUUGUAUAACAUUUAUCUCAGGUAACUUUCUAGAUGAUGCUCUUCCAAAGGCCGAUCUGUACAUCUUUUCAAGGAUUUUACAUCAUCUACCUGAAGACAAAUUACACCAUCUUUUAAGGAAGGUGUCAGAAGCUUGUAGCCCAGGAAACAGUGCUCUGCUUAUUGCUGAAAUUGUUCUGGAUGAAGAAAAGAGGGAGCCCAGAGCUCUAUUGCAGUCUUUGAAUAUGAGUGAAGGAGAGCAGAGAAGUGGCACAGAAUACAAGAAACUUCUAGAAAGUCAUGGAUUUAAUAGUGUACAAGUUAAGAACACUGGGAACUUCUUAGAUGCAAUUCUGGCUGUAAAAAGAUAGGUUUUAAGAAGGUUAUACUAAAGAUGACUAAACUUAUGUUACUUGAGCCCAGCUGCCUCCCAUUUUCUCAGUAGAGGAUGGAAGCUAUGGUCGACCCUUGGAUGAGGUCAUCUGCUGAUCUGAUGCUGGCUUUGGGGGGCAGUUGGGCUCAAAGUUUACAUAAUGAUCCUUUUAAAGAGACCCUGUUACCUUUCUGUUUAGGGCAGAGUGCCAGUACCUCCUUAUAGCCCAAUCCCUCCCACAGCAAGGUAAGCUUACCAAUCCACAUUCCCUUGCCACAUCUCCGGUGCAGGAGUUCACCAUCUAUAAGCUCUUGUGUCAGUGCUUUCCCAGAUGGAUGACAUAACUGCCCGACUCACGUGACAGUAUUUGUGCCUGGCCAAAGCACAGCCAAACAGGAGAUCACAUGCUUCCCCUAUACCGGAAAGCACCACUAAACCAACAGAGCUGGUAGGCAGCAAAGGAGUGUAGGGAAGGGAAGUGGUGGGUCACUGGGAUGUUACUUUGCUCUGAACUGGUGAACUAUCAGUGUCUCUUUAAUUAACAAAACUUUUUUUUUUUAUAUAAAUAAAAAAAAAAAUGUUGGAUGCAAAUAUCUUCAGAAAGCAUACAGUAUAAUAGUUUUAUUAUAAUUUUUUUGUCAACUCAUGUUAAGAGUUAAGGUAAUUAUUAAAAGUGUUGGUAGAAAGUA